GAAGAAAGUUGAGAAAGCCUCGAGCGCUUCUGCUCCUCGAGCAGAUGGAGACCUGAAACAUGGCCGCGCGGACGAGCUCGAUCCUCCUGCCCUUCCUCCGAGUCGGCGUCCCUCUCAGGAGGAGACGGUGCCUCGGCGGGAGCCCGUGGCCUCAGCGCAGCGGCAGGAGCCUCUCCGGCGGCGUCGCGCCUCCCCUGAGCCCGCAGCUGGCUGGCCGCUCGUACGCGGAGCUGCACGCGCUGUCCGUGAAGGAGCCGGAGGCGUUCUGGGGCUCCGUGGCCAAAGACAGGCUGAUCUGGAGCAGAGCCUUCCAGCAGGUCAGCGACUGCGACCUGGCGACGGGCAGAAUCAGCUGGUUCGGCGGAGGGCAGCUCAACGUCUCCGUGAACUGUCUGGAUGUGCACGUCGCGAAGGACCCAGACCGAGUGGCGCUGAUUUGGGAGAAGGAUGAGCCUGGAACCGAGGAGAGGGUCACCUACAGAGAGCUGCUGGAGACGACCUGCCGGCUAGCCAACACCUUAAAGAGUCACGGUGUACGGAAAGGUGACCGUGUGGCCAUCUACAUGCCCCCGUCUCCCAUAGCAGUCGCGGCCAUGUUGGCGUGUGCACGCAUCGGGGCUGUGCACACUGUGGUGUUCGCUGGUUUCAGCUCCGAGGCUCUGGCUGGAAGGAUUCAGGACGCCCAGUGCAAGGUCGUGAUCACGUGUAAUCAGGGCGUGAGAGGCGGUCGUCUCAUCAAUCUGAAAGCCACAGUGGACGGUGCGGUCAAGAACUGCCCAUCAGUGCAGCAUGUGUUUGUGGCACAGAGGACAAGUCACAGCAUGCCUAUGGGCAAACUGGACAGGCCUCUGGAAGAGGCUAUGGCCAGAGAGUCUGCCGAGUGUCCUCCGGAGCCUAUGGGAAGUGAGGAUAUGCUCUUUAUGCUCUAUACUUCAGGCAGCACAGGAAAGCCUAAAGGCAUUGUCCACACACAGGCUGGCUACCUCCUUUACACCUCUCUCACGCACCAGUACGUGUUCGACUACUCUCCGGGAGACGUUUUUGGCUGCGUGGCGGACAUCGGCUGGAUCACAGGUCACAGCUACGUGGUGUACGGACCUCUGUCCAACGGGGCCACCACCGUCCUGUUUGAGAGCACGCCCGUCUACCCGGACCCAGGUCGGUACUGGGAGACGGUGCAGCGGUUGAGGAUUAACCAGUUCUAUGGAGCUCCUACGGCUAUCAGGCUGUUACUGAAGUAUGAUGAGACCUGGGUGACAAAAUACGACAGGACUUCCCUCAAAACGCUUGGAUCAGUGGGAGAACCCAUCAAUCAUGAAGCAUGGGAGUGGUUUUAUAAAGUGGUUGGAGAUGGACGAUGCCCCCUAGUGGACACCUGGUGGCAGACAGAGACUGGGGGGGUGUGCAUUGCCCCUCGUCCAGCCGAAAAAGGAGCUGAGAUCCGGCCUGCUAUGGCCAUGAGGCCUUUCUUUGGUAUCCAGCUCACUUUAAUGGGAGACAAGGGGGAGACCAUAACAGGAAAUGAUGUCAGCGGAGCUCUGUGCAUCAGCAAGCCAUGGCCUGGCAUGGCCAGAACCAUAUUUGGAGACCACCAGAGAUUUGUAGAUGCGUACUUUAAACCCUUUCCUGGUCAUUAUUUUACCGGUGAUGGAGCGUACCGCUCUAAGGAAGGAUACUACCAGAUAACCGGACGGAUGGAUGAUGUCAUCAACAUCAGCGGUCAUCGACUGGGCACAGCCGAGAUAGAAGACGCCCUGGAUGAACACCCAGACGUUCCAGAAACUGCGGUUAUUGGCAUUUCUCAUGACAUUAAAGGAGAGGUGCCGUUUGCCUUUGUGGUGUUGAAGGAGAAUGCUGCUAAAACUCAGGAAGCUGUGGUUGAGGAACUGAGACAGCUGGUGGCCUCUAAAAUAGCUAAAUACGCUGUGCCUGACCAUUUCUUGGUGGUAAAGCGACUUCCGAAGACACGUUCGGGAAAGAUCAUGAGGAGGAUACUCCGGAAGGUUGCCAUGGAUCAAGCAGACAGUCUUGGAGAUGUCUCCACUUUAGAUGACCCUUCCGUCGUCACAGAGAUCGUCCAGGCACAUAAACGUUACAGCAGCCAGUCAGCCAAGGCGUGAAAAUGUUAGAGCAUUCCUUAAUAUGAUGUGUAAACCAUAUGAAAAUCAUGUGAACAGAUGGUCCACAGGGUGUUUGAGGAACAUGAUCAAGGGAAGAAAUGCAGUAAUUUCAUUCACAGGCCUCAGAUGUUCAGUGUAGGUGUUAAAUUAACCAACGCUGGUGCUUCUGACUGGGAUCGCCAGUGUUAAUUAUGCUAGUCAUUCAGUAACUGAGCCUUUACAAGAGAAAUGGAACUGACUGAACAAUAACAAACCAUGCACACCCUGUCCGACAUCCCAAAAUACCUUUUUUGGGGAAAAAAAAGUGACUUGAAAACACUGUGACACAAAUGCAGUCCUAUGCAAGAGUUUGCGUUCCCCCCAAAUCCCCUAUUUUGUUGAAAAAAAAGUGGCCACAUCUACGGCGAACACACUUCUGCACGUUUUCAUGCUCAAUUACUGUUUAUUUGCUGACUUUAAUAUAUUAUGGAAACAAAUAAAAUAGAAAAUAUGCUCUGGGGCUCAUUUCAGAUAUGGGUUUUUCUCCCCAAUAUGCAAAAAGAUAGAAAUUAUGCACUAAAAUUUGCAGAAAAAUGCCAUAUUUAAGUGUGUCCUCUUCUCUGAGGAUGUGGUCAUUUACUUUCUUUGGGAAAAUCAUAUCAUUUAUGACCCUGGGUGGGUUUUUUUUUUUUUUUUUUUGCGUACGAUUUUAUAAAUGGGUUUCCAGUAGGAGAAUUAAACACAUACAUUAUCAUCAUACAAACCACCAAUUAAUUAUCGCCAGUUCUUUGAAAGGGUCAUUUUUUAAGUGAUAUUUUUAAACGAUUAAUCGUAACGGCCCUGUUUGCAGCGCUCAAUAACAUUUUGAACAGUGUGAAAUUUACAGUACUGAUAUGCUAAUGUGCCAUUACGCCUUUUUAUGUCAGUGAAGUCCAAAUCUGCUCAAAGCCACUUGGUUCAGGUCAUAAAGUGGUUGAUCUUUAGCUGAAUUGUGGUAUUAGAGCAGAUAAAACACUAAAUCCUGCAGAACUGGGCCAACCUAGCCUGGUUUUGGAUACUGUCAGGUGUACAGAAUGCAGUCUGCUUUUAGGAAGUCGGUUGUGAAUUAAAGAGAAGACAGAGUCGGAGAGAAGAUGGGCUUCUUUAGGUGAUAAAACAGGGAAUAUUUUAACCAUCCAAAGCGUUCUUGUGCCUUAUUGAGCUGAAUUGCCACGUCUCAGAAAAUCGUCCGGGUGUAAUAAUAAAAUAUGUUGAAAUUGCGAUCAUGAGUAGAAUUAUAUUUAAUCGCUAUUGGAACUUUGUAUCUCUGAAAUGGUAGUUUUACAGGAGAAGAAUAACUUACAUUAAAAGUUACAAAGGCUUUAAUGUAAACAUAUUUUUGGGAGUAAUUUUAGACCUUUUUACGCUGUGGACAGGUCAGCUUAUGUUUUAUAAUUAUGUAAAAGAAAAAAAAAACAAAAUAGAUCCAAGGUUUUGUUCCUGCAGCGGCGAUUUGCUCCUUCGGUUCUAUACAGAAGAUGGAACUGUUCAACCAAGGUCCAUGUAUUAUGAUCUCAGCAGGUCAGGUUGUGUCAGGAACAUCGCAUCAGUAUUUCUAAUGCUUUUCCACUCUUGCUUGUAUAAAUUAAAUGUGAAUGUCUUUUUCUAAGUC